CCGGCCGCUGGCCAAGCUAGGAAGCUAGGAAGCAGCUGGCUCUGCGGAGGCGACAUGUACCGGUUCCUGUCAAGCGUGACAUCUCGGGCUACGGCCACCGCAGGCCCAGCCUUGGGUGGAGGGCGGCGUGGGGCGCACAGGCGACCCGGCCUGCCUAUGCUGAGCCUUGGAUGGGCCGGCGGCCUGGGGCUCGGGCUGGGGCUGGCUCUCGGGGCGAAACUGGCAAUUGGGCUGAGGGGCGCCGUCCCCAUUCAGUCCCCCGCGGACCCCGAGGCGUCCGGCGCUACUGAGCUGCCGCACGAGCAGGCCCCGGGCCCAGGGAGCCCGCACACGCCUGCGCCGCCCGCUGCCAGGGGCUUCUCCAGAGCCAUCGAGAGCAGCCGCGAUCUGCUGCACCGGAUCAAGGAUGAGGUUGGUGCCCCUGGCAUAGUGGUUGGAGUUUCUGUAGAUGGAAAAGAAGUCUGGUCAGAAGGUUUAGGCUACGCAGAUGUGGAGAACCGAGUACCCUGCAAACCAGAAACGGUCAUGAGAAUUGCAAGCAUCAGCAAAAGCCUUACCAUGGUGGCUCUGGCUAAACUGUGGGAAGCAGGGAAGCUGGAUCUGGACCUCCCCGUGCAGCACUAUGUCCCUGAGUUCCCAGAAAAAGAAUACGAGGGUGAAAAGGUCUCUGUCACAACGAGAUUACUAAUUUCCCACUUAAGUGGAAUUCGUCAUUAUGAAAAGGACAUGAAGAAAGUGAAAGAAGAGAAGGCUUAUAAAGCCUUGAAGAUGAUGAAAGGGACACCACCCCCUGACCAAGAGAAAGAACUGAAAGAAAAGGGAGGCAAGGAUAACGAGAAGAGCGAGAAGAGCGAGAAGAGCGAGAAGAGCGAGAAGAGCGACUCGCCGAAAGCCAAAGCCGAGCAGGACAGUGAAGCCAAAUGCCGCAGCGCAAAGCCGGGCAAGAAGAAGAAUGACUUUGAACAAGGCGAAUUAUAUUUGAAAGAAAAGUUCGAAAAUUCGAUCGAAUCACUAAGAUUAUUUAAAAAUGAUCCUUUAUUCUUUAAACCUGGUAGUCAGUUUUUGUAUUCAACGUUUGGCUAUACUCUGCUGGCAGCCAUAGUAGAAAGAGCUUCAGGAUAUAAAUAUUUGGACUAUAUGCAGAAAAUUUUCCAUGAUUUGGACAUGCUGACAACUGUCCAGGAAGAAAACGAGCCAGUGAUUUACAACAGAGCAAGAUUUUAUGUGUACAAUAAAAAGAAACGUCUUGUCAACACACCCUACGUGGAUAACUCCUAUAAAUGGGCUGGUGGUGGAUUUCUGUCCACGGUGGGGGACCUCCUGAAGUUUGGGAAUGCAAUGCUGUAUGGCUACCAAGUUGGGCUGUUUAAGAACUCAAAUGAAAAUCUCUUGCCUGGAUAUCUCAAGCCAGAAACGAUGGUGAUGAUGUGGACCCCAGUCCCUAACACAGAGAUGUCCUGGGAUAAAGAGGGCAAAUAUGCCAUGGCGUGGGGUGUUGUAGAGAAGAAGCAAACGCACGGCGCCUGCAGGAAGCAGCGGCACUACGCCUCACACACUGGAGGUGCCGUGGGUGCCAGCAGUGUCCUGCUGGUCCUCCCUGAGGAACUGGACCCGGAGGCCGUAAACAACAAGGUUCCCCCGAGGGGAAUAAUUGUCUCAAUCAUAUGCAACAUGCAGUCUGUGGGCCUCAACAGCACUGCUUUAAAGAUCGCCCUGGAGUUUGAUAAAGACCGAGCCGACUAAUCCUAACCGCGGCACAGGUCCACAGUGAGCCUUCCGUUCUGUGAAAUGUUGACGUUCCAAAAUACAAAAACACUUUAAGAAUACAUUUGUAAUAGAAUACAGUUAAAUGUGGAAAAUUAUGUACCUCUAAUUGCUUAAUUUUGUAAUUGCCUUUUUAUUGGACAAUUAGUUCUUUACACUCAGGGAAAUAACAGUUGUUUCUACUUUUUUUUUAAAGUGUUAACUCUUGAAAUAAAAUAUUCUGAUAAAAGAAGA